GUGCAAGUGCAUGCGCAUCGAGAAUCCGUUCCCACUUGCCACCGGGCGCAUCGACGGCGCGACCCAUGUCCCGCGAGAAGCCGCCGGCGCCGGCCGUGGUCUCCACGGGCUGCUCAGGCUUCAUGUCCUGCCUCUCUCGCCACCGCCGCGGCCCGCAGCAGCGGGCGGUGCCGAGGGGCGCCGCUGUGCUGCCGCGAAGAAGCGAUGCUGGCGGCUGCGACGCGGGCGCCGAGGCCGCGGAGGGGUGCUGGAAGAGGGUGCAGCUCCUGGAGGAGGAGGAGGAGGAGGGCAAGAGGCUGAGCGGCCACGAGGAGAGGCCGGCGCCAGGCGCCCCCGAGCGCGUCGCCAGGGGCCGCGCCAAGCAGGACCGUGCGGAGGGAGGCGGCGAGGUCACCGAUCGCGUCGGGAACGGCGCCAAGGCCACGGCGGAGGGCGGCGGUAGCGUGAUGAGCAUGGGCACGGCCAAGACCACGGCCGCCACGACGUGUGCCAGCGCCGGCCACGGCGUGCAGGAGGUGGUGAGGCUGGAGGACGGCAGCUACAUGCGCGAGGUCAGGCGGGUAGUAGGGCGCCCGUGGGAGCGGCUGGCCGUGCAGGUGUCGCGGCCCGUCGUCCCCGCCGACGCGGCGAGCGCGUCCGAGGUUCUUGGCAAGAUGGCGGCGAUGAAUGCCGAGGACCUGCGCAAGUUCCUGGUCCAGCUAAUGCCGCUGGAGGACAUAACCGGGCAGAAGAACCCCGGCGAGCCCGUGCGCCGAGCGGCGAGGCCGAGCUCGGGGGACGACCUCGUGGAAGCUCUCGUCCUCGACACGAUGGGCAUGCUGGAAUCUCUGCUCCUGGAAGGCCUGAAGAUCCAGAUGGCCUCACCGGCCACCGACCCCGCCGCGGGCGACGGGAGGCGGGACAGGGCCGUCGCCGUCGGCAAGGACUGCAUGGUCCACGUGGUCCUGAUGCAGGCGAGGGAUCCCAAGGAAAGGUACGGCGCCAUCGGCGACCCCAUGAUUGGGCUGAUCGAGGCGUCUCUGGAAAAGAAGGAUGCCACGGCGGUCAGGCUGCGGAUCCUGGGGCUGCAUGUUGCCGGGAUCAGCUUCGUCGUGAGAAGGCCCAGUGAUGAUGGCAGCAGGUGCAUGCUGUGGAGUGCGUAUCUAAGGCGAUGCAAGGAUUCACACGACGGUGACGGGGGAGGCGAUGGCUGCAGGUGCAUUUGCGUUCGAAAUCCGAAUCGGUUCUUCAGAAGAUAGAUAAUUAGAGGUGUUUUUACCGAGCAGCUGCCUGCUCAACAAUAAUAACGGUGCAAAGUAGAAAAAUAACCCUCCGUGUGAUAGGUCUGGCGCAACAUGUUAGGGACGCCAACCUUUGUUUUGUUUUGUUUUCUAAUUGAUAACUGUAAGUUUUUUUUUGAUAAUUGUAAAAACUGUAAUUUGCGCUUUUGCAGUAAUAUGCGGUGACGUCUUU